ACUCCCCUGGACCCAGCUGUGUCUCCAUGAAGAGUGACCGCUCUAUGGGGGAGCUUCGAGGGAUCCGUUCUGAAUUUGUGAAGGGAGUUUCAGACCCAGUUAUCAAAGGUCUCCUGGAUGACCUUUAUCAUCAUGAAGUGUUCAGUUCUGAGGAAAAGGACUCUGUGAUGGAGGAGCAGAGGAGCAGAGCGGACCAAGCACGUUGUCUGAUCGACAUGGUGAUCGGUAAAGGGGAGAGAGCAAGUCAGAUGAUGAUCGAUGGUAUCAAGGAGAGGGACAAACACUUAUGCAUCAACCUGGGUCUGAUCUCUUCUCUUGCUGGUGUGGGAUCUGCUGCUGAGGAGUGCCGACGUAAAAUCAAGUCUCAUUUGAAGGACAAGUUAUGGUGUGUGUUUGAGGGAAUCGCUAAAGCAGGACAUUCAACACCUCUGAAUGAGAUCUACACAGAGCUCUACAUCACAGAGAGAGGCAGUGGAGAGGUCCACAAGGAACAUGAGGUCAGACUGAUUGAAACAGCUUCCAGGAAACCAGUCAAGGAGGAAACAUCAAUAAAAUGUGGAGACAUCUUCAAACCCUUACCUGAAAAAUGUAAACCAAUCAGGAAAAUAAUGACAACUGGAGUGGCUGGCAUUGGUAAAACCAUCUUAACACACAAGUUCACUCUGGACUGGGCUGAAGGCAAAACCAACCAGGACAUACACUUCACAUUUCUCUUCACUUUCAGAGAGCUGAAUUUACUAAAAGGGACAGAGUUUAGCUUGGUGGAACUUCUUCAUCAUUUCUUUAUUCAGACCAAAGAAGCAGGAAUCUACAGAUAUGAACCGUUCCAAGUUGUCUUCAUCUUGGAUGGUCUGGACGAGUGUCGACUUCCUCUGAACUUCCAGAACAACCAAAUCUGGACUGAUGUCACUAAGUCCACCUCGGUGGACGUGCUGCUGACAAACCUCAUCAGGGGCAACCUGCUUCCCUCUGCUCGCAUCUGGAUAACCACACGCCCUGCGGCAGCCAAUCGGAUCCCUGCUGAGUGUGUUGACAGGGUGACAGAGGUGAGGGGGUUCACCGACUCACAGAAGGAGGAGUACUUCAGGAAGAGAUUCAGAGAGGAGACACUGGCCAACACAAUCAUCGCCCACAUCAAGAAAUCACGAAGCCUCCACAUCAUGUGUCACAUCCCAGUCUUCUGUUGGAUCACUGUUAACGUUCUGAACGACUUCUUCAAAUCAUCCCAGCUAGGAGAAGAGAUGCCCAAGACCAUGACUCAGAUGUACAGCCACUUCCUGAGGUUUCAGUCCAUGCAGGGGGGCAGGAAGUAUCAUGGGAGAGCUGAAACAGAUCAACACUGGAGUCCAGAGAGCAGGAAGAUUAUUGUUUCUCUGGGAAAACUGGCUUUUAAGCAACUUGAGAACGGCAACCUGAUCUUCUACGAGGAAGACCUUGCAAAGUGUGACAUCAAAAUCAAAGAAGCCUCAGAGUACUCAGGAGUGUUCACCCAGAUCUUUAAAGAGGAGUGUGGGCUGUACCAGGAUAAUGUGUUCUGCUUUGUCCACCUGAGCAUCCAGGAGUUUCUGGCUGCCCUUUAUGUCUUUAUGUCAUUCAUCGACACUGGGAUCAAUCUGCUCUCAGGACAACCACAAUUCCACUGGUCUAUUUUUUCUAGAAACAAAGGAAAUGUCAAACUCUACCAGAGUGCUGUGAACAAGGCCUUAAAAAGUGAGGACGGACGCCUGGACUUGUUCCUCCGCUUCCUCCUGGGCCUCUCUCUGGAGACCAAUCAGAACGUCCUAAAAUGUCUGCUGGGAAAGACAGUAAGUAGCUCAGAGACCAGUAAGAAAAUGGGCUCUUACAUUAAGAAGAAGAUAGGUGGAGAUCUCUCUACAGAGAAAAAAAUCAAUCUAUUCCACUGUCUGAAUGAGCUAAACGACCGUUCUCUAGUGGAGGAGAUCCAACAGUACCUCAAAUCAGGAAGACUCUCCAAAGAAUAUCUCUCUCCUGCUCAGUGGUCAGCUCUGGUCUUCAUCUUAUUGUCAUCAGAAGAGGAGCUGGACGUGUUUGACCUGAAUAAAUACUCUGCUUCAGAGGAGGGUCUUCUGAGGCUGCUGCCAGUGGUGAAAGCCUCAAAAACAUCUCUGCUGAAUGGCUGCAGUUUGUCAGAGAGAUGCUGUGAAGCUCUGGCCUCAGUUCUCAGCUCCACCUCCUCUAGUCUGAGAGAGCUGGACCUGAGUACCAAUGAUCUGGAGGAUUCAGGAGUGAAGCUGCUCUCUGCUGGACUGAGGAGUCCACACUGUACACUGGAAACUCUCAGCCUCAAUGGCUGUCAUCUGUCAGAGAGGUGCUGUGAAGCUCUGGCCUCAGUUCUCAGCUCCAAGUCCUCUGGUCUGAAAAAGCUGGAACUGAGUACCAAUGAUCUGCAGGAUUCAGGAGUGAAGCUGCUCUCUGCUGGACUGGGGAGUCCACACUGUACACUGGAAACUCUCAGCUUGUCUGGCUGCCUGGUCACACAGGAAGGCUGUGCUUCUCUGGCCUCAGCUCUGAGCUCCAACCCCUCCCAUCUGAGAGAGCUGGAACUGAGCUACAAUCACCCAGGAGACUCUGGAGCUGCGCUGUGUGGGCAGCUGGGGCUGGGGGAGGGCUGCGGGGGGACGGGGUGCGCCACCCCUCCUCGUCACGGCCCCCUACGACGGAUCCCGGUGGGGGCCCUGAAGGAGGUGGUCCCCGACCACACCCCCAGGGCUCCUGCUGACUCUGGGGUCUGGCAGACGAGGGCCUUCGCUAAGGAUUCUGGGGGUUCUCCUGUUCUAGGGGGAACCCCCCAGGAGGAGUCCCAGGACCCCCCAGCGCCCCCAGCAGCGUCCCAGUGCGGCCCCCACUCCCUGAUGUUCAAGGGGGGACCCUGA